CCUACACAAGUCAAGAUGAAGGUUCUUACGAAGGAAGAGGAGGAGGCGCAUUACAAUGCCACCAUCAAGGGAGGAUCAAUUGGUGGUCUCAUCGGAACCGCAGUCGGUGCAGCGGCAGUUGCAGGCGCAAGUCGACGAUACCCAUCCUUCAGAGCCCUCACAGUACCAUUCCGAGCUUUCCUCGUCGCUUCAACAGGAACCUUUGUCGCCGUCAUCGCCGCCGACCGUGCCUCCGCCGCCUACGACAUCGAACACACGCCCGAAAAGAAGCGCCAACAAGAGCGCCAACAAGAACGCGAUGCUCUCUACGAAGCCAACAAAUCUGGCCUCCAGCGUGCAAAAGACUGGGCGAAUGAAAACCGCUACCCGCUCCUCUUCGGCUUCUGGGUCGCCUCCAUGGCCGGCUCGUGGAGCGCUGUCAAUCGCAACCGCUAUUUGAGCGGGUCACAAAAACUUGUGCAGGCGCGUAUGUAUGCGCAGGGAGCAACGCUGGCGGCGCUCCUCGCGAGUUUUGCUAUCGAGGGCAACGAUGCGGCCAAGGGCAAGGGCAGGUGGGAGACGAUUAGGGUGCUGGAUCCUAAUGACCCCGAGCACAAGCACAUGAUUGAGAAGAAGGUGCAUCAUGAGAGCUAUCCUGGUGAGGAUCAGUGGAGAGAAAUGAUCGAAGCCGAAGAGGAGCGCAUAAAGGAACGCGAGGCCGCGAAGAAGAAGAGCCAGGCUCAGGCCGAGGCCAAGAAGCACGAGCAGAAGGCGGAUCAAAAAGAGUCAAAGGCAAAGGCUGAAUCUAAGGAAUGAGCUCGCCAUGAUCCUCAAGAUACCUCGAUAUCCUCCUCCACGACCUGCUCAGGCCUCUCCGUAUCCACAACAACAUUUCUUGGCGUUUGGCGGUUGCAUGCGCGAGACGCUUUUCACGUCUCUACGAUGUACGAAUAAGCAACAAGUGCUUUGGAUGAUGCAGAAGCGAAAUCCGCGUUGUAGAUUUUUGUGUUUGUAGAAAGUGUUCUCCGGCUAAUUCAGACAUUU